AUGCAGUCGCCGACAUCGUCUCUCCCGUCGCUCGUGCUGCUGCUGUCGCUGCUGCUGCUGUCGUCGCUGCUGCUCCAGGAUGUCCGGGCCUUGUCUUCGGGUCGUGUUGGUCUUUUGGGGCGCUUUGGUCACCGCAAACAGCUGUCGGGAGGUGUUGGAGUGGUCCGUGGGGCCCACGAGGACGGCGGCAUGGGGGGCGAUCGUCACGAGGUGCUUGGCGAACAUGGAGCUGAGCGCCCCGAGACUCGGGACUGGAGGGAGGUGGCGCCUCGGCGUGAGACAGUGGACAGAUGGAUGUAUUCGGAACUGGCGUGA